CUCAUGAGCGACUAUGAGGUGACUCUGGUCAACGAUAAUAGUGAGCAGGAGUUCUACGUUAGGUUCAAGGGCCCUGUGGAGACGCCAUUCGAGGGCGGACUUUGGAAGAUCCAUGUCGAAUUGCCCGAUCAGUAUCCGUACAAGAGUCCUAGCAUCGGCUUUGUGAACAGAAUAUUCCACCCCAAUAUCGACGAACUCUCUGGGUCUGUCUGCCUCGACGUCAUUAACCAGACAUGGUCACCAAUGUACGACAUGAUCAACAUCUUCGAGGUCUUCCUUCCUCAGCUCCUGCGAUACCCCAACCCAACCGAUCCUUUGAACGGUGAGGCUGCAGCACUCCUCAUGCGCGAACCUAAGAGCUACGAUGCCAAGGUGAAGGAAUACGUCCAGAAGUACGCCAACAAGGACACUGCCGAAGACUCCGACAAAGAUGAUGGCGAUGACGACGAGAUGAGCUCCGUCGGCAGCUACGAGUCAGGUGAUGAAGAUGAAGCGGCGGGCAAUAUGGAGGACAUCUGAGGCAACACUACUGUGGAUGUUAUCGGUCUCCUUUGUAUUGUCCAUGGCCUUUCUUCUUUAUUCUAGUUACAUGGCUGGACGUUCACGGCGCUGAUAUGGCGCACAUAUAGGCUACAUUGCUAUACAUUCCCCUGGCAUGUGGCUGCUUUACGGUUU